AGCAGCUUCCGUGUCACUGUUAAUACCGGCAAGAAAGGGAGGGAGGAAGGGAGGAGAAGGGAGCCAUUCAUGUCUUAUACCUCUGUAUGACUUCACAGAGGAAGAGUGAGAGAAUGUGCAAAAACAGAUCUAGGAAGAAGAGAAUUAGUCAUGUAUGAGAUUUUAACACUGGAAGCAAACAGAAGAAGAAAGAGAGAAAGAAAUUGAGAAAGUUAGAAACAGGAGAUAAGCAUAUAUACGAGAAAAGGUGUGGAAAGGACAAAAACAGGUGUCACACUGUGGAAUUAACAACGGUUUCGGUCUUUUUUCCUGCAAUUCAUCCUUCCAUCCACCACACAGGACGUCCGAAACGAGACCAGCAGUGGAUCAACAGGAGACGGAGAGUGAAACAGAAGAGGCAAGAAGUGUUCAGAUCACGAUCAAAGGAGUCUACAGGUGACUGCUGAUGUCCAGCCAUAAGGAUAAAAACCAGGGCCAUGGUCAUUUUACAGCAGGGCGACUAUGUCUGGUUGGACCUGAAGACUGGUCGGGAGUUUGAGGUGCCGAUCGGCGCAGUGGUCAAACUCUGUGACUCCGGACAGAUCCAAGUGGUGGAUGAUGAAGGAAAUGAGCACUGGAUCUCCCCCCAAAAUGCCACCAACAUCAAGCCAAUGCAUCCCACCUCCAUCCACGGGGUGGAAGACAUGAUUCGCCUGGGAGACCUCAAUGAAGCUGGUAUCCUCCGUAACCUGCUCAUCAGAUACAGAGAAAAACUUAUAUAUACAAACUGUGGUGGCAGAACGUACACAGGCUCCAUCCUUGUGGCUGUCAAUCCUUACCAGCUGCUGCCCAUCUACACGGCUGACCAGAUCCGCCUCUACACCAACAAAAAGAUCGGUGAAAUGCCACCUCAUAUAUUUGCCAUUGCUGACAACUGUUACUUCAACAUGCAGAGGAACAACCGCGACCAGUGCUGUAUCAUCAGUGGUGAAUCUGGAGCAGGAAAAACAGAAAGCACCAAACUGAUCCUUCAGUUUCUGGCGGCCAUCAGUGGUCAACACUCCUGGAUAGAGCAGCAGGUCCUGGAGGCAAACCCUAUACUAGAAGCCUUUGGAAACGCCAAAACGAUUCGCAAUGACAACUCAUCUCGUUUUGGGAAAUACAUUGACAUCCAUUUCAACAAGCGAGGAGCCAUAGAAGGAGCCAAGAUAGAGCAGUACCUGCUAGAGAAAUCCCGAGUCUGUCGACAGGCCUACGAUGAGAGAAACUACCACAUCUUCUACUGCAUGCUGAAGGGAAUGACUGUCGAUGAGAAGAAGAAACUGGGGCUGAGCAAAGCCACAGACUACACCUACCUGACCAUCGGUAACUGUACCGUUUGUGAUGGCCGAAACGAUAUGAAGGAGUACUCCAACAUCCGCUCUGCAAUGAAGGUGCUGAUGUUCACUGACAAGGAGAACUGGGAGAUUUCUAAGCUGCUGGCUGCUAUACUGCAUAUGGGGAACCUGAGAUACGAGGCACGCACCUAUGACAACCUUGAUGCCUGUGAGGUAGUGCGGAGCCCUCAUCUCACUACUUCUGCCACACUAUUAGAGGUGGAUGUUAAGGAUCUGAUGAACUGUCUGACCAGCCGAACACUCAUCACCAGAGGAGAGACGGUCUCCACCCCUCUCAGCAUGGAACAAGCUCUGGAUGUACGGGACGCUUUUGUUAAGGGUAUUUACGGUCGCUUGUUUGUGUGGAUCGUGGAAAAGAUCAAUGCAGCCAUUUAUAAGCCUCCGUCAUCUCAGCCCAAAGCGCUCAGACGCUCCAUCGGACUCCUGGACAUCUUUGGCUUUGAAAACUUCACAGUAAACAGCUUCGAGCAGCUGUGCAUAAACUUUGCCAACGAGAACCUGCAGCAGUUCUUCGUGCGUCAUGUGUUCAAGCUAGAGCAGGAGGAGUACAACCUGGAGAACAUCAACUGGCAGCACAUUGAGUUCACAGACAACCAGGACGCUCUGGACAUGAUCGCCAUCAAACCCAUGAACAUCAUCUCACUCAUCGACGAGGAGAGCAAAUUUCCGAAGGGAACAGACACCACCAUGCUCAACAAGCUGAACUUUCAGCAUAAACUCAACACAAACUACAUCCCUCCAAAGAACAACUACGAGACUCAGUUUGGCAUCCAACACUUUGCUGGAGUGGUUUACUAUGAAACAAGAGGUUUCCUGGAGAAGAACAGGGACACUUUGUAUGGCGACAUCAUUCAGCUGGUUCACUCCUCCAAAAACAAGUUCAUCAAACAAAUCUUCCAGGCUGACGUAGCUAUGUUUCUGUGUGGUUACGCUCCUGUUAGUUCAGCCACAGCUCCCUCCAAGGGAGCAGAAACCAGGAAGCGUUCGCCCACCCUGAGCAGCCAGUUUAAAAGAUCUCUGGAGCUGCUGAUGAGAACUCUGAGCGUCUGUCAGCCGUUCUUCGUCCGCUGCAUCAAACCCAAUGAAUACAAGAAGCCGAUGCUGUUUGACAGGGAGCUGUGUGUACGUCAGCUGAGGUACUCUGGUAUGAUGGAGACCAUCCGAAUCCGCCGUGCUGGAUAUCCCAUCCGCUACACCUUCGUGGAGUUCGUUGACCGCUACCGGGUGCUCAUGCCUGGAGUCAAACCAGCAUACAAACAGGAGGACCUGAGAGGAACCUGCGAGAGGAUCGCUGAGGCCGUGCUCGGCAGAGACGACGACUGGCAGAUGGGAAAAACCAAGAUCUUCCUCAAGGAUCAUCACGACAUGCUGCUGGAGAUCGAGAGAGACAAGGCCAUCACAGACAAGGUCAUCCUCAUCCAGAAGGUGGUUCGGGGUUUCAAGGACAGAUCCAACUUCCUAAAGAUGAAGAAGUCAGCAGUGCUGAUCCAGAAGACGUGGAGAGGAUAUCAGUGCAGGAAGAACUAUGGAGCUAUGCGAGCUGGCUUUUCUCGCCUCCAAGCUCUGGUUCGUUCCAGGAAGUUGUGCGCAUCGUAUCACGUGGCCCGUCAGCGAAUCACAGCCUUCCAGGGUCGCUGUCGCGGCUUCUUGGUGCGUCGAGCAUUCAGGCACCGGCUGUGGGCCGUCAUCACCAUCCAGGCCUACACGAGAGGAAUGAUCGCUCGACGACUGUACAAGAGGCUGAAGGGAGAGUACCGGAGGAGGCUGGAGGCCGAGAAGAUGCGUCUGGCUGAAGAAGCCAAACUGAGGAACCAGAUGUCUGCAAAGAGAGCGAAAGCUGAGGCUGAACGCAAACACCAGGAGCGUCUGGCUCAGCUGGCCAAAGAGGACGCUGAGCGGGAGAAGAAGGAGAAGGAGGAGGCUCGGAGGAAGAAGGAGAUGGUCGAGCAGAUGGAGAAGGCCCGCAUGGAGCCUGUCAAUGACUCAGACAUGGUGGAUAAGAUGUUUGGCUUCCUGGGGACCACUAGUUCUUUCCCGGGUCAGGAAGGGCAAGCCCCCGCUGGCUUUGAGGAUCUGGAGCGGACCCAUCACGAGCUAGAGGAGGAGGAUCUGGAUGAGGCUCUUCCUCUGCCCGAGGACGAUGAUGAAGAGGAUUUAUCAGAGUACAAAUUCGCCAAGUUUGCUGCCACCUACUUCCAGGGCACCACCACGCACACCUACGUCCGACGACCUCUCAAACAGCCGCUGCUCUUCCACGACGAUGAGGGGGACCAGCUGGCUGCUCUGGCAGUGUGGAUCACGGUGCUGAGGUUCAUGGGCGAUCUCCCGGAGCCAAAGUACCACACAGCCAUCAGCGAUGGCAGCGAGAAGAUCCCCGUCAUGACCAAAAUCUACGAGACGCUGGGGAAAAAGACGUACAAGCGAGAGCUGCAGGCUUUGCAAAGGGAGGGAGAGACGCCUCACUCUGACAGCCACAAGAAAAACAGCGUCCGACACAAACUGGUGUCCCUCACCCUGAAGAAGAAAUCCAAGAUCACCGAGGAGGUCACCAAGCGCCUUAACGAUGGUGAGUACGGUCUUCAUGGCAACAGCAUGCUGGAAGAUCGUCCCACAUCCAACCUGGAGAAACUUCACUUUAUCAUCGGCAACGGGAUCCUGAGGCCAGGACUGAGGGAUGAGAUCUACUGUCAGAUCUGUAAGCAACUGAGUCAGAACCCAUCUAAGAGUUCUCACGCUCGCGGUUGGAUCCUCAUCUCUUUGUGUGUCGGCUGCUUCGCUCCAUCAGACAAAUUUGUGAAGUAUCUGAGGAACUUCAUCAGCUGCGGGCCUCCAGGCUACGCUCCAUACUGUGAAGAACGUCUAAGACGAACAUUUGUGAAUGGGACGCGAACGCAGCCUCCGUCCUGGCUGGAGCUGCAGGCCACCAAAUCAAAGAAGCCCAUCAUGUUGCCGGUGACGUUCAUGGAUGGCACGACCAAAACGCUGCUGACAGACUCGGCCACCACAGCGAAGGAGCUCUGCAACGCCCUGUCGGACAAGAUCAACCUGCGAGACCGCUUUGGCUUCUCGCUGUACAUCGCGUUGUUUGACAAGGUCUCCUCUUUAGGCAGCGGGAGCGACCAUGUGAUGGACGCCGUGUCGCAGUGCGAGCAGUACGCCAAAGAGCAGGGAGCUCAGGAGAGGAACGCCCCCUGGCGGCUGUUCUUCAGGAAAGAAAUCUUUACGCCGUGGCACGAGCCAACAGAAGACCAGGUCGCCACCAACCUGAUCUACCAGCAAACUGUCAGGGGCGUCAAGUUUGGAGAAUACCGCUGUGACAGGGAUGACCUCGCAGAGCUGGCCUCUCAGCAGUAUUACAUUGACUACGGUUCAGAGAUCCUCCUGGAGCGCCUGCUGAGCCUCAUUCCAUCUUACAUCCCGGACAGAGAGAUCACCACCUCCAGAUCGGUGGAGAAGUGGGCUCACUUCAUCAUGGCUGCUCAUAAAAAGAGCAUCUACACCCAGAAGAGAUUUGACCCUCAGAAGGUGAAGGAGGAAGUGGUCGACUUUGCUCGCCACAAGUGGCCUCUGCUCUUCUCUCGUUUCUACGAAGCCUUCAAGUUUUCAGGUCCCAGUCUGCCUAAAAACGACCUCAUCGUCGCCGUCAACUGGACAGGAGUUUAUUUUGUAGACGAGCAGGAACAGGUCCUCUUAGAGCUCUCCUUCCCAGAAAUCACUGCAGUUUCCAGCAGCAGGGGAGGAAAGCUGCAGGGUCAGAGUUUCACUUUGGCGACCAUCAAAGGAGACGAGUACACCUUCACCUCCAACAACGCAGAGGACAUCCGGGACCUGGUGGUGACCUUCCUGGAGGGUCUGAGGAAGAGGUCAAAGUUUGUGGUCGCUCUGCAGGACAACCCCAACCCCACUGGAGAGGAGUCGACGUUCCUGAGCUUCCGGAAAGGAGACCUGAUCCUGUUGGACCAGGAAACCGGCGAGCAGGUCCUCAACUCUGGCUGGGCACACGGCGUUAAUGAACGAACCAAUCAGAAGGGAGAUUUCCCAGCGGACUGCGUCUACGUCCUGCCCACCAUGACCCGACCCCAGCAGGACAUAGUGGCGCUGGUCACCAUGACACCCGAGCAGCGACAGGAGUCGGUUCGUGUUUCGCAGGUCGUGAUGGUGGAAACUGAUGACAGAACGAAACCCUACACGCUGGAGGAGUUCUCCUACGACUACUUCAGGCCUCCUCCCAAACACACCCUGAGCCGCGUGAUGGUCACGAAGAAUCGCGGGAAAGACAAGCUGUGGAGCUGCACCCGAGAGCCGCUGAAACAGCCGCUGCUGAAGAAGGUCGUCAGCCACGAGGAGCUGGCUCAGGACGCCUGCAUGUCUUUUAUAGCUAUCAUGAAGUACAUGGGCGACUACCCGUCCAAACGGACUCGCUCGGUGAACGAGCUGACAGACCAGAUCUUUGAAGGGGCGCUGAAGGCUGAACCACUGAAGGAUGAGAUCUACUGUCAGAUCAUCAAACAGCUCACAGACAAUCACGUCAAGUACAGUGAGGAGAAAGGCUGGGAGCUGCUGUGGUUGUGCACGGGGUUGUUUCCUCCCAGUAACGUGCUGUUGCCGCACAUCCAGCGCUUCCUCCAGUCCAAGAAGCACCACCCGCUGUCUGGAGACUGCAUGCAGAGGGUGCACAAAGCGCUACGAAACGGAUCCAGGAAGUACCCUCCUCAUUUGGUGGAAGUGGAGGCCAUCCAACAUAAAACGACCCAAAUCUUCCAUAAAGUCUACUUCCCCGACGACACAGACGAGGCCUUCGAGGUGGAGUCGAGCACCAAGGCGAAGGAUUUCUGUCAGAACAUUUCCACCAGACUGCUGCUCAAAUCUCCUGAAGGCUUCAGCCUUUUCGUCAAGAUCUCAGACAAGGUGAUCAGUGUACCUGAGGGAGAUUUCUUCUUUGACUUCGUCAGACAUUUAACGGACUGGAUCAAGAAAUCUCGGCCGGCUAAAGACGGAAUCGUUCCCUCUCUGACCUACCAGGUGUUCUUCAUGAAGAAGCUGUGGACUAACACGGUUCCAGGGAAGGACUCCUUCGCUGACUCCAUCUUCCACUACUACCAGGAGCUGCCUAAAUACUUGCGUGGCUACCACAAAUGUUCACGAGAGGAGGUUUUCCAGCUCGCAGCGCUUAUCUAUCGCGUCAAGUUCGAAGAUGACAAAUCCCAUUUCCCCACAAUUCCCAAGAUGCUUCGGGAGCUGGUUCCCCAGGACCUCAUCCGCCAGAUGUCACCAGAUGACUGGAAGAGGUCUGUUGUUGCAUACUUCAACAAGCAGGCCGGGAAAUCGAGGGAAGAGGCCAAACUGAUGUUCCUGAAGAUCAUCUACAAAUGGCCGACCUUUGGCUCCGCCUUCUUUGAGGUUAAGCAAACUACAGAGCCCAACUACCCAGAGAUCCUGCUGAUCGCCAUCAACAAGCAUGGAGUCAGUCUCAUUGACCCCAAGUCAAAGGACAUCCUGACCACUCACCCCUUCACCAAGAUCUCCAACUGGAGCAGCGGGAACACCUAUUUCCACAUCACCAUCGGCAACCUGGUCAGAGGAAGCAAACUGCUGUGUGAGACCUCACUGGGCUACAAGAUGGAUGACCUGCUGACCUCCUACAUCAGCCAAAUGUUGACCACCAUGAACAAGCACCGGUCAGGGCGGGGCCACAGCAAGUGAACUUCUUACUGGCAGGAGGCUACUGAGCUCAUCCGCCUCUUACGUCCUAUUGGCCAGCACUGCAGCUGGGGGCGGACCUUUACCAGCCACCUUUGGAGGAUGAGCCGCAGUCCUUCUGCUAGCUCAGAAGGGUCAAAGUUCACCUGGGAGAGUUCGAAUGCUAGCGGCAGCAGCGACCCCGGCGAAGGCCCCAGCAACAAUUACCACUACAGCUAUGAUGAAGACGAGCCGUCCAGUGAGGAUGACUACCUCUGAACUGUCCUUUCUGACUGCGUCGCCUUAAGACGACGCAUCGUUAGGUCUGAGCCUUAAGUACACACUGCAGUGACCCUGAACAUGACCCUGUAUUAGCACUUUAUGCUAACCUGACUUCUAAUUGAGCAUUUUUACAUAUUAGCAUAGCAACACGCUAAUGCGCCAGACUGCUGUAAGGGGAUAUUUGACUGUUAACAGGGUUUGUGCAGGUUUUAGAGAGUAUUAAAGCCUCUUACUUUUGCCCGAUGUUUACGGUAUCACGUGUUUCAGAUGUCACACCUGCGGGGACCCCCUGCCUCAUUAUAAGCUCAUCAAAUCCAUCCAUUAAAGUUCACUUGUACAUGUUUAGGUCAAACUAAUGGACUGACUACUCCUUUACAUGUUUUAAUACAUACAUAGAUAAUAAAUUAUUUUAGGCCAUUUCUUGCUGAUUCCUUUUGUUUCUUCAGCACUUUCACAAAUAAUUUGAUGAACUCUGCAGACAUCUAAAUUACCCCUGAAGAAGUUAAGGAGUUAAAAUACACAGAAACAUUCAGCUGAGACAGGCUGAAGAGUCAGAACUCGUCAAACUGAGGCUGAUUUUAAAAAGUAGCUCAGAAUGUAGAAAAAGAUUAUAUCAGAUCACAAAAACCAUCCAGCCUGAGAGCCUAAAAACAGCAUAGUCUUUUAAAGGCGUAUAUUUUCUCGUCUCUCACUGAGUAAAUGUUUGUUCCUUAAAUUACUCGAGCCGUCCAUCUUAUCCAGAUGAUUAAAUAGCAGUAGUUUCAUAUGCAGCAUUAACAGGGACUUACAUUUCAGUAAAUUUAACAUCAAUGAUUUUCAAACUGAUAUUAGACUGUAUAUUAAUUAUUAAUAAAAGGGCUAAAAAGGUCUUAAAUUUAGCUGGUAACCCUGUAAAGACCCUGAAAAACACAUUUGUCAUUCGUUAGUUUCAUGUGUGUAAAUUAGAGCCUUACAGCAGAUUUAGUGAUUUUUGGUUUUUGAGCAUCUUGAAAUACUCAAAGUCAAAAAGUUUACGGCUUUUCUUUGAUACAACACUUACUGGAAGUCGAGGUCAGACACAUUUGAGAUUUUAUGUUCAUGUGUACCGUCUGCUCUUAUUGGGUUCCAGUUCAUCACUUGUUUUUAGUAGUUCUUUCCCUGACCCUUAGGUCCAAACUGAGAGGAGGCCAGAGGGGUGUACUACGAUGGCUUAGUGGGCCAUGUCGAGCUUAAAGUCAGUUUCCUCUGUCAUGAAAGUGGCUCUGUUUAACUGGCACACAUAACCUGGUCAGGAGCAGGUUUUGUGUUCAGAGUUAAGUCGGUUGGAAGCCACAUGUCUUCACUGACUCUUAUUUACAUCAUGCUUUAAGUGCAAUAUGAAUCCUCUGCUGUGGGAAUACGUUUGAUAUGCAACUUGUUAAGCCGCACUUUGCUACCAUGACAAAUGAAGCCUAGCUGUAAACUUACAGCAGCAUAAACUCUGCAUGGCAUUGACAUGUGAAUCUGCAUGUACUCAGCUGGUAAUGCAGGAAAUGUUUUUAUAAGUGCUCCUCAUCUACAGUUUAGUCUGCUUUACACUGCUGCAAUUGCAGCUACUAGAACCCAGAACACACACUAAGAUUAUUCAAGUAUUUCACUGUUUAAAUGUAUCCAGUUUAAGGUUUCAGAGCUCUGAUGAGCAGCCGUCAGGUUAGAAAUAAUCAGCAGCACAGAGUGCGCUUGGCGAUAAUUGGCUUGAAUUAAAAUAUUCAAAUUUGUACCACUAUUUUUAUCAUCUGUGACAGUAGGUGUCACUCACGGGGAUCAUUUUCUGUGGAUAAAGUCACAUGACGUGACUUUGGUUUCAGGUUUUUCUUUGAUCCAGCUGACACAAAGAAAUCCUGGCGCUGGUGAACGUCCUUCGUAGCACACCUCUCUGAGCUUAUUUAAAACUUUGCUGUUGUUUUUGUGACACUAAAUUGACCUGUAACAUGUUUUUAAUCUUUAGGUUAAUGACUUCAGUGUGUGUCACAGUUUAAUACAGGGGAUUAUUUUUAAUACUCAUGGUUUAUGUUUACACUUGUUUAUUUCUUUACAACUGUUUAGUUUUACAUUUUUGCCUGUAUUGCGUCAUUUCUGUGAGAGCUGCUUCUUCCUGUAUGAGGCUUUUACAUUCUAGUUUGUAAAAAUGUUCUCAAAGGUCACUUGUUAGCUGGUUCUGGGGUUUUCAGCUGAAUCUCACGGUUUUCUUAAUAUGAAGGAGUUUUAGCUUUUGAACUGGAAUUGACUUAAUGAGGAUCAAAGCCAAUACUGUCCUGAUGAGUAAUGUGGACCCUGAGUUAAAACAAACUACCAUCAGUCACGUCACUUUUUCCUGCCUUUAAAACAGGCUUGGCCAACUCCAGUCCUCAAGAGCCGGUGUCCUGCAGGUUUUAGAUCUCACUCUGGGUCUACACACCUGAAUCAAAUGAUUAGUUCAUUACCAGGCCUCUGGAGAACUGCAAGACAUGUUGAGGAGGUCAUUUAGCCAUUUAAAUCAGGCGUAUUGAAUCAAGGACACAUCUAAAACCUGCAGGCCACUGGCCCUUGAGGCCUGGAGUUCCCCCGCCCCUGCUUUAAAGUAAACUUUGCCUACUUACAUGUGUAGGUCUUUACAUCUUUAUUAUCCAGCGAAUGAGAAAUGUGGGUGUUACACAGCCCUUAUAGCAAGGGGGAUAUAAAAAUAUAGAAGGAAGACACAAAGUAAAUGUCCUCUCCUGCUAAAACAUGCUGUUAAAAACUCUGAUAUUUUCACUGUUACAUAAAUCUUAAAUACACACUUUGACCUGUAAAGGUCGCCAUUACUCUGGUUAUACGCCACGGCAAUCAUCAUCAUUUUUUAAAGUUUACGAAGCACAAAGAAAAACCACACUUGCUGAUUUCUGUUGGAACUCCCAGUUAAAGUAAAAUAAGAGUACAUUUGGAAAUUGCAAACUAUGGAUAUUAAGUUCGAGUUCCCUUUUAAUACAUAUUAAAGGUUUUAGAUGCAAAAUCCAUUUAGACCUGUACUCAGGUAUUCAAGUACAAUUUGUCCAAAGUAUUGGCAAAUCAUUACUGAGUAACUAUAGAUUAGCUCAUGAAAGUCCCAUUAAUGAGAACAACUAAUGAAUUUAACAGAGAAGCAAACACGUAGCUUCAUAUCAAGGCUGAGCUCCUGGAAAUGUACAGGGACUCAGCAUCUGUGCAUGUACCUGCAAGAACAGAGUCACGACAGAGAAACUAAGUCAGAUAUCAGUUAAAAAUACUACAAUAAAGGUCUCAAUAUGGUUCAGUUUUUGACUUUCGUUUGUGUAAUAAAUAAUUUUACGUCGAAGCUGCUGGUGUCUCAGACUUGAGUGUCCGGUGGCGUCGGUCUGGUGGUGCAGGGGCUCGGUGUGAAUCGUUAAGUUUGAUAUUUUAACCUAAACUAUGAUCGUUUCCACUAAAUCUAACUGAACAGAAAGUAAAGGUAAUAAAAAUGAUCUGCAUGUUUAUCGUAAAGUUGCAACAAACCUAUUCACAAGUCAGUAAACACUGUUGAUAGGUAAUUAACCUUUUUAUAGUUAUUUGCUAUGAAUUUACAAUUUAUUAAGGUUUACAUAAUAAUUGUGUUUUUGUUGUGUUUGAAAUUCCAGCCUGGUUCCUUUUUUAACCUCAUUACGUCGACCUGUUGAACCCUUCAUUCUUCUGGUAACCAGCUCUGGGCUUUUGUCUGUAUAAUAAACUGCUGUUUGUAACUGUGCCAAUCAGCCCGUUUGAUACAUUUGCGUUUGAAGUUUUUGCCUUUUGUGUUUCUGUUUUCAGAGUAUUAGUGUGUGUUUUGACUCUGAUUGUGUAACUCAUCAUCCUGACUUCCUGUAGUGUUUCUGUAAUGUGUGCUCUCACUUUUGUACAAAGCAUUCAGUAAAUUUGGAUUCAACUUAAUUAAUUUCACUACUGUAAUAUUCAAAACAAGUAUGAUCAGUCAAACGUCUGAAAUACUAAAAGAUUAAAAUGUCUUACUAA